UUUUUUAGCGUGUCUAAAGUUUUGCAUAAUUCACUAAGUUACUGACUUUGGUACGCGUAUGUUUUAGUGCGCGAACAUUUUGUUUUGACAAAAUAAAUAUUAUUGUUCUAGACUUUACCAAAUUUUUGUUUGUUACAUAUAAAAAGGUCGAGUGAUAACAUUUGCAAUAGGCAUACAAUCUUAAUACUGUACAAUUUUAAUCUUAGUAUGAACAAAGUCGCCGACAUCUUAGACACAUGUAAUAAAUUGUAAUUAAUAGAUAUAAAAUAAAUUGCAGGAUGUUUAAAAUAUCACAAAGCCUUAUAAAUAGGGGUGCUUCUAUAAGGAGUGUUUCAAUACGUGCAGCAGUUGUAAACACCGCUGAGGAUCACCUCAGACCUUGGCAAGAUAUUCCUGGCCCAUUGUCCUUGCCUAUUAUUGGUCAAAUAUUACAUUUUCUUCCAGGAGGUUGGUUAUACAAACGCACUGUUGAGUUGCAAGAGUUGUUGUACAAAAACUAUGGCCCCAUAGUUAGGAUUGACGGGAGUUUCGGCUUGGAUCCAAUUAUCUUCAUCUAUGAUCCGGAGGCUGCGAUAAAUCUGUUUCGUAAAGAAGAUCAAGAUCUAAUGCCACAUCGGCCCGGUUUUGACUCCAUUGCAUAUUAUAGAGAAAAAGUCUAUAACCAGAAUAAGGACGAUCCUAUAGGACUGAUUAUCGACAAUGGCGAACGUUGGAAAAAAAUGCGAUUUAGCAUUAACCAAGUGAUGUUGAAAACGAAAAUGAUUAAACUGUACGGAAAUACUAUGGAGGAAGUUGCAGUUGAUAUGAUAGACAGGAUUAGAUCAAUACGAAACGAAGAUAAUACACUGAAAAAUAACAUAUUCACAGAGCUGAAUUUAUGGGCCUUGGAAUCAGUAGGAGUUGUAGCACUGGGUGGACGCCUUAAUUGCUUCGAUCCCAACUUACCAGAUGACUCUCCUGCGAAGAAGCUCAUAAAAACAAUUCAUGAUGUACUAGCAGUAUCAGAAAAACUUGAUUUUCAACCUAGUCUAUGGAAAUAUUUUUCAACGAGCACUUACAAAAAAGGAAUGAAGUUAUAUGAGGAACACAUGAAGUUAAAUGAGUAUUUCGUAGACAAGGCUAGCGAUGAACUGAAAUCGACAGGUGAAAAAGAUUACAAAGAUAAAAGUGUGCUUGAAAAAGUACUUGAUAUCGAUCGAAAAAUUGCGCUGGCCACUGCGCACGAUAUGCUGUUUGCUGGUGUUGAUACGGCUGGCUCAACUGUUUUGGCUUUACUAUACCUUCUAGCCACAAAUGAGGAAAAACAGGAAAAAUUAAGAGAAGAGGUUUUAUCGAAACGAGAAAAACGACCAUAUAUCAGAGCGUGUAUUAAGGAGAGUUUAAGGCUGUAUCCCAUAAUUGGUGGAAACUUUAGAAGAACUACAAAAGAACAUGAGAUUCUAGGUUACAGAAUACCGAAGGACAUAAAUAUUGUAGUAGGUAACCAACAUCUGUGUCGAAUGGACGAACAAUUUCCAAGGGCUAACGAGUUUAUACCAGAGAGAUGGAUCGUUGAUAAAUCAGAUCCCCUGCACUAUGGCCAAGCUCAUCCGUUUUCAUAUACUCCCUUCGGUUUUGGACUGCGAGGUUGUGUAGGUCGACGUAUAGCUGAACUGGAGUUGGAAACAUUUGUCACUAAGAUCAUGGAAAACUUCAAAUUAGAAUGGUCCGGCCCACCACCGAAGAGAAUACGGUCCAGUAGUCUCUUUUACUUCACUGGGCCAUUUAAUUUUAUUAUUAAAGACCUUUAAAAUACAAAGUAACUACUUAAUAGUUACUAGGCAACGUCAAUGAAUUAAGGAUUGUGUUCGGAUAUUGUAGGUAAUUGCGUAACUUGUUCGGAUCCAUUUGACAGUUCGAUUUAAUAAAAUAUAGCCAAACAAAUGGUCAAAUCCUUAAAAAAACGGUCAGCUUUAUUGUUUGCUAUCUAACUGAUCCAAACAAGUAACGCAAUUACCCCCAUAUUUUCCUAUCUGAUACUAUACGCUGCCUGAAGCUAAGCACUUUAAUAGUUUCACAGAUUUGCAUGAAACUAUUUAUCUAUCAACUUAACUGAGUGCAAAUUGCGUGAUUGGCAAAGAUCACUAUUGUCCGCCUAUUUGUAUUGUCCAUUACCAGACCAAGCUGGAGAUUACACCCACAAUGCUGCUCCAGUGUGUUGUGUUGGUUUCUAAAUUGGACUCCAGCUGAAAGACCGCCUAUUUUACAUUUUGUAUUUUUCUUUUUGUUUAUUAUUUUUGUUAAAAUUAUGACGUUUAAUUUUAACGAGUUUAAUUUUAAUUUUCAAAAACAUGAAAAUUUUAAAUUUGGACGCUUCUAUCAAUUUUCUCAGUUUUUUUUUAUAAUUGUGCCUAUAUUCGUUAUACAUACGAGCAUACUUAUUUGUCUACUAGAUUUUUAAAGUAAUGCUUAAAUAUUUUUUGUAUUAAUAAAUUAGGUAUAUUAAAUAACGGUUAUAGGACAUAGGUACUUAUUAUCUACUUGAUACUAU